CGAGUGGUGGCGCUCCAGAGGCUCCGCUGCCGUCCCCGCCAUGGUCUCGGCUCCGCGCUGCCGGCCUGGCGCCCGGGAGCUCCUGGCGCUGCUGCUGCUGCUGCCCCUGCCCGGGGCUCGCGGUCAGUGUGGGGCCCCACCAACACUCAGUCGUGCUGUAUCCCGUGAUACUAAUGGCAGAGAGAGCUUCCCUAUCAGAACGGAAGUGACAUACAAAUGCCAUGAUGGCUUUGUUAAAAUCCCUGGAAAGUCAGACACUGUCGUUUGCCUUUCAACCUCAGAGUGGUCAACCAUUGGAGAGUUUUGUAAUGCUAGCUGUGGUGCCGCACCAAGGUUAAAAUCUGCUGCCUUAAGGAAGGAAGAUGAGGCGAAGAAUUACUGUCCUCCUGGGAGCACUAUGAAUUAUGUCUGUCGUCCAGGAUAUGAGAGCACCGAACUGAGACCUGUCAUUACUUGUCUUGAGAAUUUAACAUGGUCAGAAGCCCCUGAGUUCUGUAGAGGGAAAUCUUGUGGUGUUCCAAAAGGACCAGAGCAUGGCAGAGCUGUUGUUUUAACAAAUGACCAGUAUGGUGCAAGAGCAGACAUCAUUUGUGAUGAAGGGUUCAGAUUACAUGGGCGGACUUUCAUCCAAUGUCUGUUGAAGGGAGAUCAAGUUGAAUGGCGUCAGCUUCCAACUUGUGAAGCGAUUACUUGUUCUCCUCCUCCUAAUAUUGCCAAAGGGAUGCAUAAUGGCAGCAACGUGGAAAUCUUUGUCUAUAACUCAUUGGUAACUUACAAAUGUGACCAUAAUUACUCACUCACUGGAGAGGCAUCCAUUCACUGUACAGCUAAAGAUAACAUCAGUGGAGUCUGGAAUGGGUCUGCCCCUGAAUGCAAAGGUCAGUGUGGGCUCAACCAAAGGCUCCAUCGUGUCGUCCGUGAUACUAAUCUCAUAGGAGGCUUCACUACCAACAGAGAAGUGAUAUGUAAGUGCCGUGAUGGCUUUGUUAAAAUCCCUGUAAAGUCAGACAUUGCUGUUUGCCUUGCAAACUUAGAGUGUUAUCAUCAUCGUUUAUAUUCGAAAAUACCAAAAGAAAAAAUGGCAGCACCGCACAGCGAACGCCCAGCUGCGACACAGGCCCCGCCCCCCGCUCUGGCCCCGCCCCCCGCGGGCUCACCUGUCGGCAGACGGCGGGGCCGGUUGUUGAGUCAGAGCCGCGGGUUGAGUCUCCGAGGUGACAUCGUUCUGGGUCCGUUCCGCCGCCGCUUUCACUCCGCUACUCUUCCGCCCGGCCCCGCCAUGGUCUCGGCUCCGCGCUGCCCGCCCGGCGCCCGCGGGCUCCUGGCGCUGCUGCUGCUGCUGCCCCUGCCCGGGGCUCGCGGCACUUGUGAUUCUCCUCCACGUUUGAGUUUUGCUGAGCUGCCUGGGGCAGUGAACAAUUCCUAUCCUGUUGACACCAAACUGAAAUACUCCUGUCGCCCAGGAUACAUUUUGGGCUCUGGAAAGUCUCCUUUUGUUACAUGUCUUGCAAAUUCAACAUGGUCAGCAGACCCCAAGUUUUGUGUAGGAAGACCAUGUAAACCACUGGAACUAGAAAAUGGCAGAGUUCAUUUAACUGAUAUCCGGUUUGGUGCAACAGCAACCUUCUCCUGUAAUGAAGGGUCCAGACUAAUUGGAACAACUUCUGCCAAAUGUGUGGUUGCAGGAACUGGAGUUGAUUGGGAUAAGGAGCUUCCACUUUGCCAAGCAAUACCUUGUCUUCCACCUCCUGAUAUCACCCAUGGAUCCCAUACUGGUCAGGUUGAACAAGAGUUUUCCUUUGGCUCAGCAGUAAUUUACAAAUGUGACCAGGGCUUCUCCCUUAUUGGAAAUGCCUCCAUUCAUUGUACAACGAAAGAUAAUAAUGGAGAGUGGAGUGGGCCUGCCCCUGAAUGCAAAGUGGUCAGGUGUCCAGAGCCUGAAGUCAAAAAUGGAAAAAAGCAAUCUGGGUUUGGACUUGACUAUUCAUAUGGAAAUGUCGUAAUAUUUGAAUGUGAUUCUGGCUACACUCUGACUGGUAGCAGUUCAGUUAAAUGUGAAGCUAACAAUUCAUGGGUUCCAUCUUUGCCCACCUGUCUACGCACUUGUAAUUCUCCUCCACAGUUGAGUUUUGCUGAGCCGCCUGGGGCAGUGAACGAUCCCUAUCUUGUUGGGACCAAACUGAAAUACUCCUGUCGCCCAGGAUACAUUUUGGGCUCUGGAAAGUCUCCUUUUGUUACAUGUCUUGCAAAUUCAACAUGGUCUGUAGACCCCGAGUUUUGUGUAGGAAGACCAUGUAAACCACUGGAACUAGAAAAUGGCAGGGUUGAUUUAACUGAUCUCCGGUUUGGUGCAACAGCAACCUUCUCCUGUAAUGAAGGGUACAGAUUAAUUGGAACGACUUCUACCCAAUGUAUGGUUGCGGGAAAUGGAGUUGAUUGGGAUAAGGAGCUUCCACUUUGCCAAGCAAUACCUUGUCUUCCACCUCCUGAUAUCACCCAUGGAUCCCAUACUGGUCAGGGUGAACAAGAGUUUUCCUUUGGCUCAGCAGUAAUUUACAAAUGUGACCAGAGCUUCUCCCUUAUUGGAAAUGCCUCCAUUCAUUGUACAACGAAAGAUAAUAAUGGAGAGUGGAGUGGGCCUGCCCCUGAAUGCAAAGGUAUUCCGUGUCUUCCGCCUCCUGACAUCCCCAAUGGAAGACACACUGGGGUGAUAAUGGAUGUCUUCUCUUAUGGAUCAGUUGUAACCUACAAAUGUGACAGUGGUUACCCGCUCACUGGAGAGGCCUCUAUUCACUGUACAACCAAGGACGGGCUAAAUGGAGAGUGGAGUGCGCGUCCCCCUCGUUGUGGAGAGGUUAGAUGCCCAGCCCCGCAGAUCCAGAAUGGAAGAAGAGUAUCUGAUGACAGACAUGUCUAUUCGUAUAAAGACAAUGUUACCUUUGUGUGUGAUCCUGGCUACACCAUGAAGGGUCACAGUCUGAGUGAGUGCCAAACUGAUGACACGUGGGAUCCACCUUUGCCGGUCUGUGAGCUAGUGACAUGCGUAAGCCCAGAAGUGGAGAAUGGCAGAACAAAUGUGGUACAGCCUGCCUACAGACCCAGAGACAUCGUUGUGUUUGAAUGCGACCCUGGUUACACCUUGAGCGGUAGCCCCGAGACUCGGUGCCAAGAUGAUGGUAGAUGGGAUCCUCCUGUCCCUGUCUGUGAAAGAAUGCCUCAGUGUCCCUCUCCUCCAGCCAUCGCCAACGGGAAGCCUAGCAUCCAGGCCUCGGCUGUGUUCAACACUGGAACGUCUGUAAAUUACAGCUGUGAGCCCGGCUAUUCCCUUACUGGGCAGGCAUCUAUUUAUUGUACGGCAUCCGGAAUGUGGAGCCCUCCCCCUCCUCGGUGUGAAGAGGUUCUCUGUAUUGCCCCAGAAAUCCAGAAUGGAAGAAAGGUAGCUGGACAUGGACCUGUCUAUCGACACAGGGACACUGUUAGGUUUGAAUGUGAUCCUGGCUACACCCUGAUUGGCAGCCGUCAGAUUCAGUGCCAGGAUGAUAGAACCUGGGAUCCUCCUGUUCCAGUCUGCAUACAGGCGUUGCCGUGUCCCCCACCUCCGGUCAUUGUCAAAGGGAAGCACAAUGCCAAGCCACUGGCAGCUUUCCCCAGUGGAACAUAUGUGAACUACAGCUGUGAACCCGACUACGCCCUCCGUGGAGAGGCUUCGAUCUAUUGUACCACAUCUGGAACGUGGAGCCACCCUUCUCCUCUAUGUGAAGAGGGCUGUGGUGUCCCAACGAGGUUAAGCUUUGCUGAGCUGAAGAGCGAGUAUAAAAAUCAGUCUUCCUUUCCUGUUGGGAAGACUAUAAACUAUACUUGCCGGCCUGGAUACAGUAGACACCCGCGGAUACAAUCCACUCUUACAUGCCUUGAAAAUCGAACGUGGUCAGAAGCAUUUGCGUUCUGUAAAAAGAAAUCAUGCGGUCAUCCAGGGGAGCCAGAGAAUGGCAGAGUUAUUGUAACAGAUGUCCUCUUUGGGUCAACCGUCAACUUCACGUGUGAAGAAGGGCACCGGUUGAUUGGACAGCCUUACAGACGAUGUGAGAUUUCUGGCACGCGCGUUGCAUGGAGUGGUGAUAUUCCCAUUUGUGAGCGUAUUCCGUGUCUUCCGCCUCCAGACAUCCCCAAUGGAAGACGCACAUUAAUGAAAAACUUCUUUUAUGGGUCAGCUGUAACCUACAAAUGUAACAGUGGUUACCCACUCAUUGGUGAAGCCUCUAUUCACUGCACAACUGAGGACGGGCUAAACGGAGUGUGGAGUGCGCGUCCCCCUCGUUGUGGAGAGGUUAGAUGUCCAGCCCCACAGAUCCAGAAUGGAAGAAGAGUAUUUGGUGACAGACAUGUCUAUUCAUAUAAAGACAGUGUUACCUUUGAGUGCGAUCCCGGCUACACCAUGAAGGGUCACGGGCUGAGUGAGUGCCAAACUGAUGACACGUGGGAUCCACCUUUGCCGGUCUGUGAGCCAGCCACGUGCGUAAGCCCAGAAGUGGAGAAUGGCAGAACAAAUGGGGUACAGCCUGCCUACAGACCCAGAGACAUCGUUGUGUUUGAAUGUGACCCUGGUUACACCUUGAGCGGCAGCCCCGAGACUCAGUGCCAAGAUGAUGGUAGAUGGGAUCCUCCUGUCCCUGUCUGUGAAAGAAUGCUGCAGUGUCCGUCUCCUCCAGCCAUCUCCAAUGGGAAGCCCAGUGGCCGGGACUUGGCAGUGUUCACCAGUGGAAUGUCUGUAAAUUACAGCUGUGAGCCCGGUUAUUCCCUUACUGGGCAGGCAUCUAUUUAUUGUACGGCAUCCGGAACGUGGAGCCCUCCCCUUCCUCGGUGUGAAGAGGUUCUCUGCAUCGCCCCAGAAAUCCAGAAUGGAAGAAAAGUUGCUGGACGUGGACCUGUCUAUAAACCCAGGGACACGGUUAGGUUUGAAUGUGAUCCUGGCUACACCCUGAAUGGCAGUCGUCAGAUUCAGUGCCAGGAUGAAGGAACCUGGGAUCCUCCUGUUCCAGUCUGCAUACAGGUGACAUGCUUAAGCCCAGAAGUGGGGAAUGGAAGAACAAAUGGGGUACAGCCUGCCUACAGGCCCAGAGACAUUGUUGUGUUCAAAUGCAACCCUGGUUACACCUUGAGCGGCAGCCCCGAGACUCAGUGCCAAGAUGAUGGUGGAUGGGAUCCUCCUGUCCCUGUCUGUGAAAGAAUGCUGCAGUGUCCAUCUCCUCCAGCCGUCGCCAACGGGAAGCCCAGCAGCCAGGACUUGGCAGUGUUCACCAGUGGAAUGUCUGUAAAUUACAGCUGUGAGCCAGGCUACUCCCUUACUGGGCAGGCAUCUAUUUAUUGUACGGCAUCCGGAACGUGGAGCCCUCCCCUUCCUCGGUGUGAAGAGGUUCUCUGCAUCGCCCCAGAAAUCCAGAAUGGAAGAAAAGUUGCUGGACAUGGACCUGUCUAUAGACCCAUGGACAUGUUAAGGUUUGAAUGUGAUCCUGGCUACACCCUGAAUGGCAGCCAUCAGAUUCGGUGCCAAGAUGAAGGAACCUGGGAUCCUCCUGUUCCAGUCUGCAUACAGGCCAUGUGCAUAAGCCCAGAAGUGGAGAAUGGCAGAACAAAUGGGGUACAGCCUGCCUACAGACCCAGAGACAUCGCUGUGUUUGAAUGCAACCCUGGUUACACCUUGAGCGGCAGCCCCGAGACUCAGUGCCAAGAUGAUGGUAGAUGGGAUCCUCCUGUCCCUGUCUGUGAAAGAAUGCUGCAGUGUCCCUCUCCUCCAGCCAUCGCCAACGGGAAGCCCAGCGGCCAGGACUUGGCAGUGUUCACCAGUGGAAUGUCUGUAAAUUACAGCUGUGAGCCCGGCUACUUCCUUACUGGACAGGCAUCUAUUUACUGUAUGGCAUCUGGAACGUGGAGCCCUCCCACUCCUCGGUGUGAAGAGGUUCUCUGCAUCGCCCCAGAAAUCCAGAAUGGAAGAAAAGUAGCUGGACGUGGACCUGUCUAUCGACCCAGGGACACGAUUAGGUUUGAAUGUGAUCCUGGCUACACCCUGAAUGGCAGUCGUCAGAUUCAGUGCCGAGAUGAAGGAACCUGGGAUCCUCCUGUUCCAGUCUGCAUGCAGGCGUUGCCGUGUCCCCCACCUCCAUUCAUUAUCAAAGGGAAGCACAAUGCCAAGCCAUUGGCAGCUUUCCCCAGUGGUACAUAUGUGAACUACAGCUGUGAACCUGGCUACGCCCUCCGUGGAGAGGCUUCCAUCUAUUGUACUACAUCUGGAACUUGGAGCCACCCUUCUCCUCUUUGUGAAGAUGGCUGUGGUGUCCCAAUGAGGUUAAGCUUUGCUGAGCUGAAGAGCGAGUAUAAAAAUCAGUCUUCGUUUCCUGUUGGGAAGACUAUAAACUAUACUUGCCGGCCUGGAUACAGCAGACAGCCGCAGAUACCACCCACUAUUACAUGCUUUCAAAAUCGAAAGUGGUCAGAAGCGCUCAAGUUCUGUAAAAAGAAAUCGUGUGGUCAUCCAGGAGAGCCAGAGAACGGUAGAGUUAUUAUAACAGAUAUUCUCUUUGGGUCAACCGUCAACUUCACGUGUGAAGAAGGGCACCGGUUGAUUGGACAGCCUUACAGACGAUGUGAGAUUUCUGGCAUGCGUGUUGCAUGGAGUGGUGAAGUUCCCCUUUGUGAGAAGGUUAGAUGCCCAGCCCCGCAGAUCCAGAAUGGAAGAAGAGUAUCAGAUGACAGACAUGUCUAUUCGUAUAAAGACAAUGUUACCUUUGUGUGUGAUCCUGGCUACACCAUGAAGGGUCACAGUCUGAGUGAGUGCCAAACUGAUGACACGUGGGAUCCACCUUUGCCGGUCUGUGAGCCAGCCACGUGCUUAGGCCCAGAAGUGGAGAAUGGCAGAACAAAUGGGGUACAGCCUGCCUACAGUCCCAGAGACCUCGUUGUGUUCGAAUGUGACCCUGGUUACACCUUGAGCGGCAGCCCCGAGACUCAGUGCCAAGAUGAUGGUAGAUGGGAUCCUCCUGUCCCUGUCUGUGAAAGAAUGCUGCAGUGUCCCUCUCCUCCAGCCAUCGCCAAUGGGAAGCCCAGCGACCAGGACUUGGCAGUGUUCAGCAGCGGAAUGUCUGUAAAUUACAGCUGUGAGCCCGGUUAUUCCCUUACUGGGCAGGCAUCUAUUUAUUGUACGGCAUCCGGAACGUGGAGCCCUCCCCUUCCUCGGUGUGAACAAGUUCUCUGCAUUGCCCCAGAAAUCCAGAAUGGAAGAAAAGUAGCUGGACGUGGACCUGUCUAUAGACCCAGGGAUACUGUUAGGUUUGAAUGUGAUCCUGGCUACACCCUGAUUGGCAGCCAUCAGAUUCAGUGCCGAGAUGACAGAACCUGGGAUCUUCCUGUUCCAGUCUGCAUACAGGUGUUGCCGUGUCCCCCACCUCCAUUCAUUGUCAAAGGGAAGCACAAUGCCAAGCCAUUGGCAGCUUUCCCCAGUGGAACAUAUGUGAACUACAGCUGUGAACCUGGCUACGCCCUCCGUGGAGAGGCUUCGAUCUAUUGUACCACAUCUGGAACGUGGAGCCUCCCUUCUCCUCUAUGUGAAGAGAUCAGAUGUGCAUUCCCAGAAGUUCAAGGUGGCAAGAAGGCAGUAGUGGGAACUACAUAUCGAUUUGGAACUUAUGUUACUCUGGAAUGUGACAACGGUUAUGUGUUGGAAGGCAGCAGUCUGAUACAGUGCCAACAUGACUUUACCUGGGAUCCCCCUGUGCCAGUCUGUAGUCCCAGUUCCUAUAACUUCAUCUCAGUAGUGCUUGCGAUCGCAGGUGGUGUGCUGCUGCUUCUCCUGGUUACCAGAAUUAUGUGGAAGAUUAUGUCUAAGCAGAAUGCAGGCUAUUACUAUACACAUGAAAACAAGUACCAGAUACCUUUGGCCCACGUAACUGAACAAAAAAUUUCAUUUGCACCAUAUACAAAGGAAGAUGGAAAUCAUGGGUCAAAUGCAGGAAACUGCUUCUCAUCAUGGUCGAGUAUUUUGCCUGGAGAACACGGAAGCAUUUCCUUCACCGUCUUUGUGGGCGGGGUGUGGUCCUCGAAUGUGGUGGUGCUCGCCGCCAUGGAGCUGCUUCGGCCGAGCUGGGCUCCGCGUCUCUCGGCGCUGCUGGUGCUCGCGCUGCUUCCCCGGGGAGCGCUGGGUAAUUGUGGUGCCCCACCAAGGCUAAGCUUUGCCGAGCUGCGGGAUGAGUUUAAGACCCAGACAAACUUUACAGUUGGGACCACAGUGAGAUACAGCUGCCGCUCAGGAUACCAAAAAGUCUCUGGAGAGUCACCCAUUCUUAUUUGUGGAAAUGAAUCCGUGUGGUCAGAACCCAAAGAGUUUUGUCGAGGGAAAUCAUGUGGACAUCCAGGAGACCUAGGUAAUGGCAUGGUUCAUAUCACAGAUCUCCUCUUUGGUUCAAGCGUUACAUUUUCUUGUGACAAAGGGUUCAGAUUAGUUGGACACAAAACUAGUCAGUGUGUGAUUGAUGGAACCGGGGUUACAUGGAAUCAUGAAAUUCCAUUUUGUGAAGAAAUUCCAUGUCUUCCACCUAAAGAAAUAGACAAUGGGAAGUACUUUGGUGACCCUAAUAAUCACUACACCUAUGGAUCAACAGUCACUUACAGCUGUAACGCUGUACCAAGAGGCACAGACUCUUUCUCACUUAUUGGAGAGGCAUCUAUUCAUUGUACAUCUGAUGAAGAGCAAAAUGGAGUUUGGAGUGGAGAGCCCCCUGAGUGCAAAGUGGUCAAGUGCAGCAAUGUAGAAGUUGAAAAUGGGAGAAAACAAAGUGGAUUUGGUCCUUCCUAUACAUAUAAAGACGCCAUUACAUUUGGAUGUGAUGCUGACUACUUCUUGGUUGGCAGUAAUGUGAUUAUAUGCCAAGCGAAUGGUUCAUGGACUCCUGCAAAACCAACUUGUGAGAAAAUACCUCCAAGUGUAUGUGGCACUCCACCGUUCUCAAAUGGAAAAAUAUUUCCAUCAAAACCUCAAUAUGUCACUGGAGAUGGUAUUACCUUGACAUGUGAGGCGAAUUAUGUCUUGUUUGAUGGUGCAAAAUCAAAGACUGUUCACUGCAAAGGCAACAAUGUGUGGGAUCCUCCUGUACAAACUUGUCAACUAAUUCCAAGCGUAUGCAGUGCCCCAGCAUUCCCAAAUGGAAAAAUACUUCCAUCAAAACCUCAAUAUGUCACUGGAGAUGGGAUUACCUUGACCUGUGAGGAAAAUUAUGUCUUGCUCCAUGGUGAAAAAUCAAUGACUGUUCACUGUGAAGGAAACAAUGUGUGGGACCCUCCUGUACAAACUUGCCUACAUGUUUGUCCAGACCUGGUCAUCCCUCAUGGAACAGUGAAGUCUGGAGCAAAACUUCUCUAUGUUGUUGGAGAUCAUGUUACAAUUGAAUGUUCUACGUUCCACGCAAUGCAUGGUGAACCUAAUAUUCAGUGCACUGAUGAAUUUCAGUGGAAGCCUGCAAUUCCAGAAUGUAAACUACGUGUGUACAUCAUUAUCAUCAUUAUUAUUAUCGUAAUUGUAAUCGGAGCGAUUCUGGCUGUUUGGAUCUAUAAGAAAUUUUUUUCACAGAAAGGCACAUACGAAACGGAUGAAAAUGGCAAAGAAGCAUGCAUUUUAAAUGUUAAAGUACCAGAUGAAAAUGAAGCAUCUGCAUUAAAGAAUUAAUUGAAACAUGAAAAGGAAACAUGUCUCCACUUCACCUACUGCUCAAUACACCUUGUGUAAAACCUGAUUGGCGGGGAAGGGGCAGUGGUGAAAGAAGUCUCACAGAUGGAGAAAGGACUGCAUUUGCACUAUUUCUAAUGGAAUAUUUAGCCCCUACUUUCACCAGAAUUGAAGAUGCUUUUGUCUUAAUUUUCUUCUCCUUUUGUGAUUGACUGUUAUAAGCAUCUGCUGCAUCUUUACCAAGGCACAAAGCCAGAAUGUGUACCAGUGCU